CCGACCUGCUGACCAAGAAGCCGAAACCAUCGUCGUCAAGUCACCUGAUGAACCGAGGAUCUAAUGAAGCAGCUAAUAGCCCUUUUCAGACUCCGAUGUCAGGAAAAAUGGGGAAGGCAAGCAAAGCAUCAAAGCUUCCAAAAUGCAGCAAAGCUGGACCUCAAACCCCAGGAUCAAAUGUUGGUUCUCCUUCUGGCAACAAUCUUACUCCAGCUGGUCCAUGUCGUUAUGACAGCUCUUUAGGUCUGUUGACAAAAAAGUUCAUCAACUUGAUCAAGCAAGCCGAGGAUGGUAUUCUUGAUUUGAAUAAAGCUGCUGAUACAUUAGAGGUGCAAAAGAGGAGAAUAUAUGAUAUAACAAACGUUCUUGAAGGGAUUGGUCUUAUAGAAAAGAAGCUCAAAAACAGAAUUCAAUGGAAGGGAUUGGAUGUGUCAAGGCCAGGGGAGGCUGAUGAUAGUUUUUCUAGUUUGCAGACAGAGGUUGAAAACCUUACUAUGAAGGAGGGCCAGUUAGAUGAGCAAAUAAGGGAGAUGCAAGAAAGACUGAGGAAACUUAGUGAAGAUGAAAACAAUCAGAAGUGGCUUUUUCUCACGGAAGAUGAUAUAAAGGGUUUGCCCUGCUUCCUGAAUGAAACCUUAAUAGCCAUUAAAGCUCCCCAUGGCACCACUCUUGAGGUCCCUGAUCCAGAUGAGGCUGUUGAUUAUCCCCACAGGAGAUACAGGAUAAUCCUCAGAAGCACAAUGGGCCCAAUAGAUGUUUACCUUGUUAGUCAAUUUGAGGAAAAAUUUGAGGAGAUCAAUGGAGUCGAUGUACCACCCAAUCUUCCAUCCAGUCCAGAGUUGAACAGGCAUCCGGCAACAGUGAUCACUGAGGAUGCAAGGAAUGACAAAGAAAUGCAGGAACAAGACGGUCAUAGACCUGGUUCUGAUUUGAGUGCCUCACAGGACUUCGUUAGUGGGAUCAUGAAGAUUGUUCCGUCAGAUGUUGAUAGUGAUGCUGAUUAUUGGCUUCUAUCAAAUGCUGAUGUUAGCAUAACAGACAUG